AUGCAGGCGGAGACUCGAGUCGGCUCCCUUAAUUCCGUUCAUGGUGGCGGCGCAACGGCGGUCGACAGCGGGGCAGGGAGGAGGUUCGCGCACCAUCAACAGCAGCAGCGACCGUCGCAGCAGGCCCUGCAUCAACAGCCGCAGAUUGGAACAUGGCCUCAUCUGCUGGCUGGAGGGAUUGCCGGAGCCGUCAGCAAGACUUGCACGGCGCCGCUGGCUCGCCUCACGAUACUUUUCCAGGUGCGUCCCUUGGUUCCCAGCUGACGAAGGGGGAUCCUUCUAUUUAGACGCAGUACCCGGGGAAAAUUUCGUGUCGGUUCCUGUUCGUGUCCAUCUCGUCUAAUACUUCAAUUUACUAGAUAUUUUUCAUCUUGAAUGUAAAACAAGGUGCGUUUCAAUGCUGAACAGUCUGGAGAGCAUUGCGUCCCUUUGUGCAAUCAUUGUUAGAUGGACAUGUUUCGUCCACGUGCGUUUUCUUUUAGAACCAUUGGGGUAUCUGGGGUCUCCUUCAUUUGCAUUAUUAACGUGAGCAGGUUGAUCUGGGCCUAAUUUAUGAUGGGACAGGUAUUAGGGAGCUAGAGAUAGGAUCGGAAAGAGAAGUUUUGAUGCUGACCCUGCCUCGUUUCCCACCAAUAACGCAGCUUUGAACAAACUCUGUUGUUCAUGACGUCGUCAGGUGGAAGGUAGAAGGGUGGGCGCAUUUCCCUUUCGUUUAGUCCAUCAGAUUUGAGGUUCUUGGGAUAUUAUUGUCUCUCUUGGAAGACUAUCUUGUCUGCCGUUUAUCAAUGAUCCAACUUGUGGGUUUCUGUGGUCGAUUUAAUGUGGGUAUGAUUGCUCCUUUUUGUGAAGAGUGAUUGAGUUUUUUGGUGUAAAAUUUUCGAUCGGGAGAAUCAUGAGAUGAUUAUUACUCGAAGGAUCCUCCAGGGCACUAAAGGGGCCUGCCAACCACUGUUCCAUCAUACCUGCAGCACUUUAGCAAGAGGAAUGGAAAUAUUCGUCUGCAUUCUAGGCCAUGGCUUCUUCUCAUGAUAGUUGUGCUAGGAUCCUGACUGAGGUCCUUGAAUACGGUUAUUUUGAUCAAACUCGUUUGUGUUUGGAUAUUUUAUCAUAAAAUUUCAUCUGUGCAGGUGCAAGGAAUGCAUUCUGAUGUUUCAGCUUUAAGCAAAGCUAGCAUAUGGCGUGAGGCUUCCCGUAUUGUUUGUGAAGAAGGAGUUAGAGCAUUCUGGAGAGGAAACUUGGUCACAAUCGCUCAUCGUCUUCCAUAUUCUUCCAUAAGCUUCUAUGCUUAUGAAAGAUAUAAGCUGGUGAAUAGGGGACUCUUUGGAUGACCACUUUUUCAUUCUAUAGAGUUGUUUUAUGUUAAUAGAUUGUAACAUACCCAUUCUUCUGUGCAAAUUUUCUUCAGAUGUUGCAGUCGCUUCCUGGACUGGACAGACAUAGAGACUUUGUUGCUGCAGAUUUGUGUCUUCGGUUAUUAGGUGGUGGCUUGGCGGGGAUCACGGCUGCAUCCAUGACCUAUCCUCUAGAUCUUGUGAGGACGCGACUUGCAGCUCAGGUUAGCCCAAGAUUUUCGCUGUGUGGUACUAUCAAGAAAACUAGAUGUGGAUAUUUAGCAUACUGUUGAACAUCUUGCAUAUUACAGAUGUGAUAAAUUAGGUGGUGGUAUCAUCUUUUAUCCAGCAUUCUUACUACAUUGUACUGAAAAAGAAGAAACCAAGGUUCUUAUAUAUUACUUUGGCAUGUGUCAUUUCACUACUCUCCAGAAUUUACUGCUGUCAGAGUGCCAUUUCGGUCAUCUUCCUUUCAAGCAGUUGAGGAAGAAUUAAGUGGUUUAAUCUUCGUGCCCCGAUUUCUUUGUUGUUGUUAUUUCUUAUCAUUUGGAAUCUUAUCUGUUAUGCAUUGUUUGGUUAAACAAUUUGGCUUUUGCAGUUCAUUUGCUAUCUCAUCUACUUUGUAGCAAGUUUUAAUUGGUUUGAACAAUGCUUCAAUUGGCUGCUUUCUGAAAGAGGAAUAUUUCUGCUCGCUAGGUUUUUUAUUUUCUUCUGUCCUUGUAUUUCCUUUUGAACUAGUUUGUAGAAUAUUUUUGGUAUCAGGGUGGGUAUCUUUAAGCCAUUCAGAUCUCAUUACUUGGAAUCUCUACUUUGAAAAGUGACUGAAGACUCCUGUGUACGCCUCCUAUUGUAUUUGUCGUAAUUUUUCUAAAAUGAUCAGAGGUAAUGAUUUGGUUCUCUGCCUGAAAUGACGCUUAAAGACUCAAAUUGGUUACCUUGAGGAAAUUCAUUCUAAGUGAAAUUAAUGACUACUGUCUUCAUCAGAUAUUUUCAAUCUAUCUUCAUUAGCAAUGAGGUUAAUGUGGCGGACAUCUGAUCUGGAGUCUGCUUUGGCACCAUAAGAUUUUCUUGACAAGACUUGUGACUAGUAUUAAUUUUACGUGUGCAAACUAUGUGUUGUAUUUUUCUCUGUCAUGAAAGUGAUAUUUUCAAUCUCGGACGACCUAAGAUGUUAUUUGGAUCAUUUGGGUGGUUUCAGAGGCAAAGGCUUAAGUAACCUGUGCAGUAGAUGUUGGAAUAUUGGAAUAACUGUUUUGGAAGUCUGCCAUGUCCUCAUCUUUUUAGAGACGAUUACUUUCAGAUGACCUAGCAUUGAGUUACUGCCAGUUGAUGGUCAACUGAUGCAAUGGAGGUCUCCUUUCAGGAAUGGGGACUGCUACCAUGUUGUCGAUUGUUGAUGAAUUUUUGUACCUUGCUUUGAGAUCUUCAACAUAUUGCUAUUUAUUAUGACCAUCACGAUUGUGUCUUUGAGGAAUUUUCCAGCUUCAAAGACAUACACGGAAUCAAAGGUGCUGAUGUCUUCUCCAUGGACUUUCUCUAAGGAGUCUGGACAUCUCAUUUUGUCCUUCAUUAACUAGCCAAAUGAACCAAUUGAUGUGUCUAAGGUAUAGUCUGAUUAAGUAGCUCAGAUUGUCUUAUUUCCAAUGCAGAUUGGCAGAUCACCAAAACAUGUGAUGUAGGCCAUUUGAAUUUGCCUUUCUUUUUUCUUUUUGCCUUGUUGGAGUUUUUGCAAAUGCCUCCAAAGUUUCUAGAGUAUUGGGGUCCCUGGAAUGCACGUUUCUCUUGGUUUCCUUCAAUAAAUCGCUUGUGGAUUUGUGUUGUGGAAGGUCCAUGGUUACUUCCCCAUCCUCAGAUCUAGAUGUGAGUAUCACCCGGUUGUACACAUUGAUAUCUUGCCAUCCGUGGCUUAAAAUGUAGAUCUUUUUUUUUGGAUGCAGUUAGGGAACAGGAUGUGAAUUGAUUUCUCUAUGAGCUAAUUGCAACAUUCUUAUGGUAGAUAAUCGGAGAUUUCUCAGUACGUUAAAGAUGCCAUUCUUACCAAAACUAUCGGUGUCUUCUCUAUAUGUUAAAAAAUAUGACAUUCUUUUGACAAGCAAUCGGUCUCUUCUUUGUUUGUUAAAAUGGUAUUCUUUUGACAAAGAAAUUGGUCUCUUCUCUGUGAGCUAAAUAUGGCAUUCGUUCGACAAACGAUUGGUGAUUUCUGGGUAUGUUAAAGAUGACAUUCUUAUCACAACAAUUUAUGUUCUCUCUGUAUUUGAAUAUGGCGUUCUUUUGACAAGCCAUUGGUUUUUUCUCUGUGAGUUAAUAGUACCAUUCAUUUGACGAGCAUUCUUAUAUUGAAGUUUCCUACUUGGAUAAAUUUCAUCAUAUCUCAAAAGAAGUUGAUCUGUCUUGAUUCUUGCUGUAAGCACUGUGCCUAAUUGAUCCGUAACCCCCAUACUUGAGCAGUCUACCUGUUUCUGGUACUCUGGCCUAGGGCAUUUCAUCACCCAGUGAAGAAGCAACUUUUAUCUUGAACAGGGGAGAGCAAUGAUACUAAUUUGUGAGAAUUGGGAGGGACAUUUUAUUUGGGCAUUUGUUUGUCUCCCCUAUUAUAUUCGAAGCUAAUCUGGUGGCCUCUACAAAAAGAAAGAGUAAUUUUUACUGGCUGAAUAUUGUCAAUUGAUCUUAGAUUUUGCAAUAUACUGGAUUCAUAUUCUGUUGAACAUGGGAACGAUUCAGCUGUGUAGUGGUCUAUGAUGUAGUAUGCAUAACUAGCACAUAAAUCUAGAUGAGCGUCAAAGUGUGUUAUAUGUUGAUCUGAUUUAAUCUGAUUAUGGAUUCAAGUGAAACUAUAUAUCAUCAUCCUGAUCUACUUUGUUUGUGUGAUAUCUUCCACCAGUCGGACCAUUUUAUGUAUGUGCGGAUCGUUUUACUCUUGAAUCGCGUUGUGAGAAACCUGUGUUAUUUCAAAACUGGCAUUCGUUGCAUUACAUCGUUUCCCGGUCUGGAUUUGCCUGUGACUUUCCUGAUUCAAAAAUUUCAGACCAAUAGCAUCUACUAUAGAGGGAUUACACACGCACUCUAUGCGAUUUGUAGAGACGAAGGGGUCAGAGGACUGUACAAGGGCCUUGGAGCCACGUUGUUGGUACGCUACAUUCCUUCCUCCCGCUUUUUGUGUACACAUUUCUCUUGUUUCUUUGAGUUUCAUCGACUGUUGGUCUCACACAGGGUGUUGGUCCCAGUAUAGCGAUUAGCUUCUCUGUCUACGAGAAACUGAGAUCCGUUUGGCAGCUCGAAAGGUAGGUUGUAGCGCCCCUUCUAAGCUCUCUUUGUUUAUAUGUGCUGAGAUUUGUCCUCUGUAUAAGGAAAGUCGAGGUGUUGAAAAGAACGGUGGCCAUGAUCUGUGGGACUAUCUAUUCUAUGCAUUAACAUCAUGAACAACCCAUUCUCUGCCGAGUCCCUUUUUUUUUUUUUUUUUUUUUGAAAGUUUUCUUCUGGCUGGGUGAUAUUUUGAGGUAUUUUGCAGGCCCAGUGAUAACGUUGCUCUAGUUAGCUUGGCGUGUGGGAGUCUCUCUGGAAUCGCCUCAUCUACUGGUACAGACCCACCGCUCAGAGUAAAUAUUAAUGCAAAGUAUUCAAUUAUUGGCUGAAAGAAUAUAUUUUUGAGGCUGGCUCCUGGGUUCGGCAGAUAUAUCUGGCGCUGAUAUUUUUCCUUUUUUGCCCAUAUGCAGUGACCUUUCCGCUGGAUCUUGUUAGAAGGCGGAUGCAGCUGGAAGGAGUGGCGGGAAGAGCCCGUGUCUACGACAAGGGCCUCUUCGCCGCAUUCAGAGACAUCGUCCAGUCCGAGGGCUUGCGUGGGUUGUACAGGGGGAUCUUGCCCGAGUACUACAAGGUUGUUCCCAGCGUGGGCAUAGUCUUCCUCACCUACGAGUCUCUCAAGUCAUUCUUGGCUGGCGUGGCCUCGGACGAGUAG